AUGGCAUAUUACUGGAAAACAGAUCUAAAUUCCAGUGAAUCACAUGAAAAGCAGCAGGAGCACCAAGAAUUCUCCUCCUUGAAUCAACCUCUUUUUCCUAGCACAGUCAGUCUGGGUUUUGAUAAUGUAGUAGGUGAGAUCAGUAACAAAAUCCCACUCUGUCAUAGAGAAAUUGAAGAAAAUGCCUUUUUUGUGCCCAGUGCACCACACUGGGACUCAAGAAAACAUUCAUUAGAUGAAACAGACCAAACAUCCUUGAAUGAAUUCACUUUUAAAAGCUCAGAACUCUCCUGUCACCAAGUUAGUGAAACGCCAGUAAUUGGUUUUAGUAGGCAUUCUGUGCUACCAAAUCCUCAAAACAUCAAUAAAGGAAGCUCUUGGGGAAAUCCCAUAGGAAAAUACCAUGAUGCUGAUGAUUACGGAUUCAAUAUUUUGCCUCUAUCAUCUACCAGUCUGGAUAAAACUAAUUCACAGAGUCAACUGGAAAAUGAAAAUCAUAACUACUAUAUAGGAUUUGAAAGCAGCAUUCUUCCUAUAUACCCAUUCUUGUCAACUAACUUGAUGCCAAAAGAAGAAAAUAAAAGCAGUAGAAAUAUGAACAUUGUAGAGUCUUCUCUGAUGCCCUUUAAAGGUUCUUCUCUACCCAGGAUAUGGGAAAGUACACUCCCAAAGAACACAGAGCUGACAGGUUGUUCCAUUCAGCUGGUUGAAGUAGCUCAAGGCAGUAAUAUGAGUUUGGCAUCCUUUUGCAACAAAGUAAAAAAAAUAAGAGAAUCAUAUCAUGCCGCUGACAUGGAUUCCAAUUCUGGGAAGAUUUGGAGCAUGACUACAGCAUUUCCAUAUAAGCUCUUUUCUAAUACUAAGUUUAAUAUAAAUAUUUUUACUGAUAACUCAACAAAAGGACUUCAUUUUAUCCCAUGUGCUAAUUAUCUUGUCAAAGACCUAAUUGCAGAAAUUCUACAUUUUUGCACAAAUGACCAGUUAUUCCCCAGAGAUCAUCUUUUAAGUAUAUGUGGCCAUGAAGAAUUUUUACAAAAUGAUCACUAUUUGGGAAGCCACAGAAUAUUUCAGAAAAAUAAAUCCGUUAUUCAACUUCAUCUACAGAAAAAGAGAGACACUCCAGGAACAUUAUCUCGAAAGCAUGAAGAUGACCACAGUCAGUUUUAUCUGAACCAGCUUCUAGAAUUUAUGCAUAUCUGGAAAGUAUCCAGACAGUGUCUCUCAACAGUAAUCCAAAAAUAUGACUCCGACCUGAAAUACUUAUUGAAAACUCAGCAAAAUGUGGAUAAUGUUAUUGAGGAAGUAAAAAAUAUAUGCAGUGUUCUGGGAUGUGUGGAGACCAAACAAAUUACAGAUGCUAUAAAUGAACUAAAUCUUAUUCUUCAGAGAAAGCCAAAGAAUCUUCAUCAAAAUUCAGACACUUCAGCAAAAGGUUUGAUAGAGAAAGUGACAACUGAACUAUCCACAUCCAUCUGUCAGCUAAUUGAUAUCCAUUGCAGCAGCUUCUGUGCAGAUUUCCAGCCUCUACAUGCACCUCUGUAUAGUGUCUCCUGUGUAAAUCUUGGGCUCCAUUCCCACCUUAGCUUCACAGUGUAUGCAGCUCACAAUAUUCCAGAAACCUGGGUGCACAGCUAUAAAGCAUUUUCUUUCUCCUGUUGGCUUACAUAUGCUGGAAAGAAGCUGUGCCAAGUGAGAAACUGCAGAAAUAUUCCUGUCAAAAAGUUGUUCUUUUCCUUGGUCAACUGGAAUGAAACGAUCAAUUUUCCUCUUGAAAUAAAAUCACUUCCAAGAGAAUCCAUGCUCACUAUAAAAUUGUUUGGAAUUACCUAUGCAACCAAUGCAGAUUUAUUGGCCUGGACUUGUUUUCCACUGUUUCCAAAACACAGACCCAUUCUCGGGUCUGUGCUGUUCAGCAUGACAUUACAAAGUGAGCCUCCCAUGGAAAUGAUCGCUCCAGGAGUGUGGGAUGUAAGUCAGCCAUCCCCAGUGACCCUGCAGAUUGAUUUUCCAGCUACUGAGUGGGAGUAUAUGAAACUUGAUUCUGAAGAGAAUGGAAGUGAUCUUGAAGAACCACCAAAAGAAUGUUUAAAACAUAUUGCCAGACUAUCACAGAAACAGACUCCGAUACUCCUCUCUGAGGAAAAGAGAAGAUACUUAUGGUUUUAUCGCUUCUACUGCAACAAUGAAAAUUGCUCCCUUCCUUUGGUCUUGGGAAGUGCCCCUGGAUGGGAUGAAAGAACUGUUUCAGAAAUGCAUACCAUUUUAAGAAGAUGGAAAUUCUCUCACCCUUUGGAGGCACUUGGACUUUUGACUUCCAGUUUUCCAGAUCAAGAAAUUCGUAAUGUGGCAGUUCGGCAGUUAGACAACCUCUUGAAUGAUGAACUACUGGAAUAUCUCCCACAGCUAGUUCAGGCUGUCAAGUUUGAAUGGAACCUUGAGAGUCCUCUAGUGCAACUUCUGUUACACCGCUCACUACAAAGCGUCCAGAUUGCCCAUCGUCUUUACUGGCUGCUAAAGGAUGCACAGAAUGAAGCUUAUUUUAAAAGCUGGUAUCAGAAGCUAUUGGCUGCACUCCAAUUCUGUGCAGGAAAAGCCUUGAGGGAUGAGUUUUCCAAGGAGCAGAAACUUAUCAAGAUUCUGGGAGACAUUGGGGAAAAAGUCAAGACUGCUAGUGACCCUCAAAGACAGGAGGUCCUGAAGAAGGAGCUUGGCAGACUAGAAGAAUUCUUUUGGUGUACAAAGACCUGUCACCUCCCUCUGAACCCUGCCUUAUGCAUACAGGGGAUUGAUGGUGAUGCAUGUUCAUAUUUCACAUCUAAUGCUUCGCCGUUGAAGAUUACUUUCAUUAAUGCCAAUCCAAUGGGCAAAAACAUCAGUGUCAUUUUUAAGGCUGGAGAUGAUCUCCGUCAGGAUAUGCUUGUUCUGCAGAUUAUUCAAGUGAUGGACAAUAUUUGGCUGCAGGAGGGCCUGGAUAUGCAAAUGAUCAUUUAUAGAUGUCUAUCCACAGGAAAAGGCCAAGGGUUGGUGCAGAUGGUGCCUGAUGCUGUAACCCUAGCAAAAAUCCAUCGCCGUUUUGGACCGAUAGGACCCCUGAAAGAAAAUACAAUCAAAAAAUGGUUCAGUCAACACAACCCUUUAAAGGCGGAUUAUGAAAAGGUCUUAAGGAACUUCUUCUAUUCCUGUGCUGGCUGGUGUGUGGUAACAUUCAUCCUAGGAGUCUGCGACCGACACAACGACAAUAUCAUGCUGACAAAGUCGGGCCACAUGUUUCAUAUUGACUUUGGAAAAUUCCUGGGUCAUGCACAAACAUUUGGAGGGAUAAAAAGAGACCGAGCCCCUUUUAUUUUUACUUCAGAGAUGGAGUACUUUAUUACAGAGGGUGGGAAAAACCCACAGCAUUUUCAAGAUUUUGUGGAGCUUUGCUGUCGAGCUUAUAAUAUUGUCAGAAGACACAGCCGGCUGCUCUUGAACCUGCUAGAAAUGAUGUUACAUGCAGGAUUGCCCGAGCUAAGCGGAAUCCAAGACCUGAAAUAUGUGUAUAAUAAUCUUCGUCCACAAGAUACAGACCUGGAAGCAACAAGUCAUUUUACCAAGAAAAUAAAGGAAAGUCUGGAGUGCUUCCCUGUGAAAUUGAAUAACUUGAUCCACACACUUGCACAAAUGACAGCCAUAAGCCCUGCCAAAUCGACUUCACAGACGUUUUCCCAGGAAUCCUGUAUGCCUGGUGCAAGCAGGUCAAUCCAAAGAGCAACAGUCUUAGGGUUCAGCAAGAAAACCAGCCACCUGUAUCUAAUCCAGGUGACUCACAGUAACAAUGAAACAAGCCUGACAGAAAAGUCAUUUGACCAGUUUGCAAAACUUCACAGCCAACUUCAAAAGCAGUUUGCAUCACUGACCCUCCCAGAGUUUCCUCAUUGGUGGCACUUACCUUUUACAGAUUCAGAUCACAAAAGAUUCAGAGAUCUAAAUCAUUACAUGGAACAGAUAUUAAAUGGAUCGUAUGAAGUUGCAAAUAGUGAUUGUGUACUUAGCUUUUUCCUCUCUGAGCCUGUGGAACAAGCAGUGAAAGAAUCAUCAGCUGUGGACCUAGGUGAGAAGUUUGCUGACAAGAAGCCUAAAGUGCAGUUAGUCAUAUCCUACAAAGACGCGAAGCUGACCAUACUUGUGAAGCACAUGAAAAACAUCCAUCUCCCAGAUGGCUCUGCGCCCAGUGCACAUGUUGAAUUUUAUCUUUUACCGUAUCCCAGUGAAGCCCGGAGGAGGAAAACAAAAUCUGUUCCAAAAUGUACUGACCCCACUUACAAUGAGAUUGUAGUAUAUGAUGAAGUCACAGAGCUCCAAGGACAUGUCUUAAUGCUUAUUGUAAAGAGCAAAACCACAUUUGUAGGAGCAAUUAACAUCCAACUCUGCAGUGUCAUGCUCAAUGAAGAAAAAUGGUAUCCACUAGGUAACAGUAUAAUUUGA